GCCGACUCAGGACAUUUUCUUGAUUAAUAAUUGAUGUGGGAUGACCCAACUCACUGUUCAUGAAACAAAGGCUGGGCACUUGUUCCUGGAUGAUAUAGAAGGCAGGCUGACCAUGCCAGUAAGCAGCAUUCUUCAGGGAUUUUGCUUGAGUUUUUGCUGGGAAUUCCUGCUCUAACUUGCUCAGUGAUUGACUGUGACCUGGGAUUUAUCAAACAAAUUCUUUCUUCCUCGAUUUGGUUUGACUUAUUGUGUUUUGUCGCAGCAAUAGAGAAGCAGAAUAAUCCACACCACCAGUGGGAUGAAGACCUUUAUCCCUGAGGCUCUCCUCCUGCUGCUCCUGGCCAACCUGGCCCUGACCAGGCAUCCAAAGGGUUCACACUCUCUGAGCUUUUUGCAAGCUCUCAUCACCGGGCCUCACCUCCUGGAGCCUCAAUUCAUAUUUGAUGUCUACUUGGAUGAUCUUCAUGUUGAGAGAUUCAACAGCAGAGCAGAGACUCCAAGACUGGAGCACUGUGCACCAUGGGUGGAUCAGCAGGAGCCAGAGUAUUGGGAGAAGAGGACACAGGACAUCCUGAGCUUAAUGAACAUCUACAAGGAUUCUCUGAAGAAAAUGCUUCACUUCUACAAUGAAAAUGAAGGUGGAUAUCAUACACUCAAGAUCCUGAUGUCCUGUGAUGUACUGCCUGGAGGGUACUUCGGAGAUGAGGAAUUUAAAUUUAUCUUCGAACCCAAAGAUGCCAUUAUGCUGGCUGAGAACAAGAGCUUUUGGCUGAUAACUGGCAAUGCUGCUAAAUACCUGAGCAAGGAGUGGAAGAAGUUAGAAUUUGCAAAAUACGUGAAGACUUUCCUAGAGUGUAAAUGUGUGCAGCUUCUUCUCCCAAUGUUGCAGCAUGGGAAGGAAACUUUGCUGAGAACAGACAUUCCGAAAAUACAUGUGACCCAUGAGGUCAGAGAUGAUGGAAAAAUCACUCUAAGGUGCUGGGCCAUGAAAUUCUAUCAUACUAAAAUCAACAUAACCUGGCAGAGAGAUGGGAGCAACCAGACUAUGGACAUGGAUGUGAUAGAGACCAGACCUGCAGGAGAUGGAACCUUCCAGAAGUGGGCAGCUGUGGUGGUGCCUUAUGGGAAGGAGCAGACAUACACAUGUCAUGUGUACCAUGAGGGGCUGCCUGAGCCCAUUACCAUGAGAUGGGAGCCUCCUCAGCCCUCUGUCCCCAUCAUGCCAAUUGUUACUGGCCUGGUUCUUGGAGCUGUGUUUAUAGGAGCCGUGGUGACUUUUCUGAUAUGGAAGAGGAGGACUAAAGGAUAGGACAGCUGGUCUGAGCCUAAGAAGAUUUAUUCUGUUUUCUCCUUUUCCCACUGUGGCUUCAAGACCUGAUGACUUCUCUUCCUGCAUCUGACUGUGACUAUGUGUCUGUCUCCUGAGAGCACAGUGUGAACAGGCGAUGAGUUCAGCCCUGCCCUGAGCAUCAAUAAGUCCCAUCCACACACUGAUCACCAUUCCUUCCCCAGUCAUCAUUGCUGCUCCAACAGAGGCUGGGCUGGCAAACCUCCCCCCGCCCUUGACUGAACUUUAGUUUCCUCUGAGCUACAACUUCAUUCAUCUUUCUUGAAAUUAAGCAUUUUUAUGGUUGUGCAACUUCUUUCCGAGUGGGUAUUUCAUUAGUGAACUAAAGAUGAGUAAAUCCUGAUAGAGAAAAUAAAGACUCCGAACAUUAUGGAA